CGCGUGUGUUUAUAUUGUUCAAUACAUCGGUAUAUAUUUCGUUAAAGUUUGAAAUUACAAACUGUUAAAAUCAUCAUUUUCUGAAUAUUAAUUUGUGUUCUUUAAAAACCGGAUUGGACAUUGCCGAAAGAAAAUAAAAUUUCCAAAUUAUUAUUCAAGUAAUUUGAAUAAAAAAUGUUUUAAUUGUUAGUGCUUUAAGUUCAUAUUCAAAAUGAAGUGUUUUAUAAUACUGAUUGUAAUUCAUAUUGCUUUUGGAAGUAUCAUAGAGUUAAAUGAUACGGAUUUUGCGCGACUACCGCCUUUGUAUGACCUGGAUGACUGGUCCAAGUGUCAGCAGCCCAAUGAUAAGUAUUGCGUGGUGGAUGCUGUGCUGUUGGCCAGGUCACCUUCACCAGUGUACCAACUUCUUCAGGAAUACUCAUCGCAAUCACUGAAGCAUUACAACAGAAGCCAGAUCCACCGCGGCGUGUGCGUGUCCCGGUGCGACGGGAACACAAGCGACUGGCGAGCCGCGGCAGAAAAGUGUGUCAACGAGACUGUGCAGCAGUAUGGCCUGGAGGCGGAACUUCUCAACGCGACCUGGUGCAGCACCGUCGGAGAGAGCAGAAACUCCCAGUCAUCCCAGGUGUUGUGGGUAGUGGUGAUACUGCUUCUGGUCCUUACCCUCCUCGCAACUGGUUUACAUAUCCUGGGGGACAAGUGUGGAAGAUGCGACGGUAAUAAAUAUUUAAUGGCAUUUUCACUGAAGAAAAAUUGGCACAUACUUAAUUAUGACCGAAGUAAACCAAGACACGACGCUCGGAUGAAGGACCUUGCCUGCCUAGAAGGAAUGAGAUAUAUUGGCAUACAGUGUGUUAUAUUCGCUCACGUCAUCCUCAUAUAUGUUUACUCCUACAUCGACAAUCCACAGUUUAUUGAAAAGACAUUCGACAGCAUAGUUUGGAAGAUAGUGCUGAACUCUCCAGUCUGGAUACAAGCAUUCUUCUCAAUCUCCGGCUUCCUCAUGGCGUACACAUCGCUCAUAGUUUCCGAGAAGACAACAUUAACAUUUGGCAAAUGUCUGCUUAGUAUUCUGUACCGAUGGAUAAGGCUCACACCAGUAGCAAUAUUCGCGUUGUGGUUCACGAUAGCGUGGUACCCCCAGCUGGGCAGUGGGCCACAGUGGGCCUGGAUCGUGGACCGCGAGGCCCACGACUGCUCCGAGCGGUGGUGGUAUCACGUGCUCUAUGUCCACAAUCACAUCCCGCUCGGCAAGUUCUGCAUGGGUCAUACUUGGUACUUGGCGGUAGACAUGCAGCUUCACAUCAUUGGUAUCCUGGUCCUACUGCUCCUGAUGCGGUAUCCUUUCCUCACCAGUGCAGUGCUCGCGUUCCUGCUCCUUGCCACAACAGUCGCUGCAGGCUGCGUUACUUAUCUGUACCAGCUAUCUCCAAUCAUCACCGCUCAAUCCCCAGAAGAUCUUCGGACAUUCUUUUUGAACUCAUCAAUACUUCCAAAGCUGUACCUCCCGAGUUGGAUGAACAUGUCUGGAUAUGUAUGCGGCAUGGCAACAGCCUUCAUUCACUCCCACUACCAGAAAGCUGCCAUCAAACUCAACCAGAAAAAGUGGUUUGUUUCAUUAUGCCAUGUGUCGCUCCACUUGGGGAGUGUCGUGGUAUUCUGCGGAGCGAUAUUCCUCUCUGACGUCGCGCCACCGCAAUGGGCAAGCGCAUUGUACGCGGCGCUGGACAGAACUCUCCUUUCUAUUUUCUUCAGUAUUUUCAUGCUGGGAUGUAUCAAUGAAUGCAAAAAUCCACUGUACAAUUUAUUGACUUGGCGUGGGUUCUCCAUCCUCGGCAGGCUCUCAUAUUGCGCCUACGUCAUCCAUUUCAUCAUCCUUCGUUACACCGUGGCUAGCUACACCCAGCUGGGACAUGUCACCAUUUAUUCAAUGAUAUCCCUUCUCAUAACAACAUCAGUAGUGACAUACUUGCUGUGUAUACCAAUAUGUCUUAUCGUGGAACUGCCGAUGAUACAACUGUGGAAGGCUGUCUUCGAAUCACUAGAACCAGUUCAUCCAACAGAGGACCACGCACCAACGAGCCCCAAGUUUGACCUUGUUGCUAGUAUAAGGCGAAACCAAGUCAAUUGUCAAGCAUAGACAAAGCAAAGAGUUUGGAAAUUAUUUAGUGUUUAGGUGUACAUAGGAAUUAUGACAAAUGUUAAGGUUAAGGAUGUUAUCUGUGGAUAAAAAGCUUGGGUAGACAUCUCCAAAGGUUGCUAUAGAAAUAUUUCACUGUAUGGCAAGAAUGUAAUGCAAGUAACCAAAAAGUCUGUCGUAGGACUGAAGUAAAGCACUUAUUAUACUUUACUCAAUUUAAUCGUCUAAAUUCAGAAGCAACUUACAAAUUAGAAGCUUCUGAUCUCACUGUCCUAAAUUUAGUUACUGAAUCAAUAAUUAUAGUCCAGUCAUUAUAGUAAGUUCUCCUCGGAAUUCGAGAUACCCAGCUGUAACUCUGUAAAUAUUUGUAUAUUGACACCCUAAAAGUUGUCUCAAAACCUACAUAGGUGUGCGCAACUAUUAAAUUUCAAUGUCAAAGGUCACAAAAAUCGGUUUUUUGCGCUUUUUUUGUAAAUAUCUCAUUUCCUAUGGGUUUUUUGCUAUUUGUAUUUAUUAUCAAUAUUGUAGAAUACAAAAUUCUCUACAAAAUGUUUGAAAUUUUUUUUUAUACGGUGAACCGUUUUCGAGAAAGAGGGCGGAGAGAGCGCGGUCAUAGCACUUCAGGUCAAACGGUGCCUCCGGUCGAAAACGUGCCAUAUAUCGAGAACUAUUGAUAAAUCAAUGAUUAUAAAUAUUUGUCAAUUUUUAUUACUUGUUGAGUACACCCUCCUAUAUGUAGGUUUUGAGACAACUUUUAGGGUGUCAAUAUACAAGUAUUUACAGACUUACAGCUGGGUAUCUCGAAUUCCGAGAUUCUUACCUAAUUUAAGCUUAAAUGACUGGACUACUACCAAUUAAAGCGCGACGAAGUCCGACGUGACAUAUACGAGGAGGGCUCCAGACAUCAAAAAAUUGGCCUUUGCCUGGCCCAUAUUAUCCCUGAAACUUGUAAGGCUAUUAUUAUUAUUUGGGAACACAAAACAAAAUUAGAUACGUUCUUCACGCACGAAGAGCACCGAGCGGCUGAAAUCAGUAACUUAAUACGAUUAUACCUUCCUAAAUGCGUUUCUAAUUAGGCUUCUAAAUUCAGUCAGUCAGAAACCAUCCUCAAUCUGAAUUUAGGAUGCUGGCUUGCUGAAUGCGAUUAUACUUGUCUAUAUUUAGUAAAGACUGAAUUCAGACAACUAAAUUCAGUAAAGUGUAAUAAGCGCUUAAGAACUUCGUAGCUUUACAAACUCGUAUAUAUUGUUUUGGGGUUGUGAAGAAAUAUCUUAGUAUGUAAUGCUUAUGUGAAUAUAUUGUUCCGUGAAUUAAUAUGGCAAUUAUAUUUAAAUUAUUGUAAAAUAUUAUAUGAAAAAUAAACUAAACUCUUAAAACAAAUAUAUAAAAUAUGUAUCAAUUUAGAAAUAGUUUAAUCAAUUGGAUUUUAACAUUACUAUCGUAAGUUUACAUCCGUAUAGCCGAAUGGUUAGUGACCCUGACCACUAAGCUAUAGGUCCCGGGUUCGAAUCCCGGUAGGUGCAAUCAUUUAUGUAAUGAAUAUGGAUGUUUGUUGCCGAGUCAUGGACGUUUAUAUGUAUUUAUGUAUGUUUAAGUAAGUAUAUUGUAUUAAAUAUAUCGUCUUGUACCCAUAGUACAGGCUAUGCCUAGUUUGGGGCAAGAUAACUUGUGUAAAAAUGUGUCAAUAGUAUUAUUAUUUUAUUACAAGUUGACCCGACAGACUUUGUUCUGUAUAUUAUAAUAAAUAAAAUAAUAUUUUUUAUUAAUUUGUCAAUAAUAUAUCAUAACAUCAAGAAUUAUUUCGUAAAAUAUGAUCCCUGUUGUUGUAAUGAAAUUGUUUCACAGCAGAACUGUCAAACCUUGUGUCAAUAAAUUCUCUCAUAGAAAAUAAUAUGUAGUGCUAUCGACCACGCCCGAGCAAAGAUCAAUAAUUGUCUCUGUCCGCUUGUCAACCCAAGCGCGACUUGUGUCAUCGGAGAGUGGAGCACGUACAACUACCCUCAUGAUUCCUAAUAAAAUCAGCAAGUACCGUACAAAAUCAAUACAUAACCAUAAUCCCCUUAUUUUUGAUAUUGUUAUUUGUAGUUUCACACGACCUCUGACGUUCCGUGCCAGUGCUUUAACCAACUGAGCUAACCGUUCGAGUGACGCAUCGUCAUAAGAUCUUGUAUGCUUUGUUCAACUCUUAGGUUGUGGCUUCAUCUACAUCUGGUUAGAGCACUGGCACGGAACGCCAGAGGUCGUGGGUUCGAGUCCCGCAUCAUUCAUAAAAUUUUGUUUUUCAAAUUUUAUUUGUGUAUAGCCUUUCCGGCCCGCUUGGCUGGGCGAAUUUUAAAAGGAAAUAAAUUAAUGAAGGAACGUUGGAAUUAGAAAAAUAAGACAUACUACAUACCAUCAAGGAAAAUUUGCGCAUCGAAUGGUGUUAGUUUCAUGUCGAUACGAUCAGUGGUAUAGGCGUGAUGGAGCCUCAAAGACCAUUUUCAUUAUAUAUAUAAAGAUAAUAAUAAAGUUAUUAGAGUAUCAA